AUGGCAGAUGGGUUAGCAGACAUACUAAGAAAGUUUGCCCUGUCUGAGGAGGAGCUAGGCGGAGCAGCAUUGGAUCUUGGAGAUGUGGACUCUGAUAUUAGGGGAGGGCCUUGGAUUUUGGAUAAUCAAAUCCUGGUGAUGAAAAAGUGGACAGAAGGGAUUGAGGAAGAUGACCAGGCUUUUAGAAUUGCUCCACUUUGGCUCCAAGUAUGGAACCUACCUGUGCAUUGGUUAUUAAAGGAUGUGGGUCGAAAAAUUGGACUGGUUUUUAAAGGGGUGAGAGAGGUGAUUGUCCCCCAAAUAGGAGGCAAGGAAGGGAGGCACCUCAAACUCCUAGUGGAUGCAGACAUUUCCAGACCUUUGAUGAGAGGUACUACGGUCCAGUUAAAUGGAACAAUAAAAUGGUUGUCCUUCCGAUAUGAAAGGUGUCCUGAUUUUUGUUAUAAAUGUGGGAUAGUGGGGCAUAGUGAAAGGAGCUGUAAAGCGGAGGUGAGACUGGGAAAAGAUAAGCAGGACAAUCAGUAUGGUCCGUGGAUGAGAGCAAGUUGGGGAAAGGGCUCACCACCGGAAGACCUGCCAGAUAAUAGAUACACAAAGGGUAGAGCUGUUUGA